GUUGCUUUGUGCUAAAAUAGUUUUGAUAUUUAAUAAUUUCAGAUUUCUAUUUUUUGUAUCGAUUUCUUUUCUUAUUAUCUUAGACUGAAAAAAAAACUACUAUUUGGGAUAUUUUCAACCUAUUUGCAUAAACCCGUUAGAUGUUAAUUUCAAGGUGUGUUAUAUAUAAAAAUUUGUGAUCCAUUAAUUGAUUCAUUUGUAAUUUUAUAUAAUUACGUUUAUAUCGUAUCGUAUUCCUAUAGUGUAUACAUCGAGCGUAAUCGAGUUUGUAUAGAAUUUAAACUGAUUUAUGUCAAGUAAUUAUUGUACGCAUUUUUUACGAGAUCGCUCACUUUUUCAAACAAACCAGUUCUAAUUAUACUCUCAAACUAGAGUGCAAUUUCUGUAAUACUUUUUUUUUUCCAUUUCACUCAAGAGUAAAUCAUUCACCAUAAAAUUGGAGAACUCCCAUAAAUUGUGGGGCUUUAUAUGAAUUAGUGAUAGAUAGUAUACUACUAAAUGAAUAUCAAGGCUUAGUUAUGGGCUGGACCGUGGGACUAAUUGGGCCGAAGUUAAAGGUAGAAAUUUUGGCCCAAAAAGUGAACGUUUUCUUUCCUUCUUCUUUUUUUUUUUUUUUUCUUGCUGCAUCUCUCUUGCUUUUGCUUUGGUUGCUCGAGAAGAUGAAAAGAGAGUGAAAAAAUUAAUCAAUUGGCGAAGGCUGGCUGAGAGAGAGAGAGAUGAAGAAGAGUGAGACCUCAGAGGACGAUUCCUUUCGGCCAUGGCAGUCCUAUCACACUGUAUACACUACGCCAAAGCAGGUACGACAUCGUUUCCACGGACUCUCUGUCUCUAGGUUGACUAUAUCGCAAUUGCUCAAUUACACUCACUUUACUCUCUCUCUCUCUCUCUCUCUCUCUCUCAUCUAAUUGAUUUAUGCCAAUUCACAAGUAAUUUUAUAUAUUAAUGAAAAUAAUGACUGUGAUGUUGGGAUGGAAAUUUAUACUGUAGGAAUGGAUGGUGUUGAUAAGGAAAAAGUUCAAAGAAUUGUUUAUGAGAUGAGCAAAGGAUCAAAGUAUUUUCAGAAUGAGGAAAAGAAGGAGGCCGAUAUGAAGCAGAAAAUCGAAAACAUGCGUGCUCGAUACGCUAAACUCACUGCUGCGGACAUAUCUCAUUAUCAGAAGAUUGCUGAUAAAAGGAUUUUAGAGCUAGAAGCUACACGUGAUCUGUCAAGGAUUUGGCUACAUGUAGAUAUGGAUGCUUUCUAUGCAGCUGUUGAAACAUUGAGCAACCCUUCUUUAAAAGGCAAGCCAAUGGCUGUUGGCGGCAUGUCUAUGAUCUCCACUGCUAAUUAUGAGGCACGGAGAUUCGGGGUUCGUGCUGCAAUGCCUGGUUUCAUUGCACGUAGGUUAUGUCCAGGGUUGAUUUUGGUCCCUGUAGACUUUAAGAAGUAUAUUCACUACAGUGAUUUAACUAGAAAAGUUUUUCAGAACUAUGAUUCCGGCUUCAUGGCAACUAGUUUGGAUGAGGCAUACCUUGAUAUAACAAAAAUCUGCAAAGAAAGGGCCAUAACAGGUGGAGAAGUCGCUGAAGAACUCAGAACCAGUGUUUAUGAAGAGACCAGUCUCACUUGUAGUGCCGGAGUGGCACCUAACCGCUUACUUGCUAAGAUAUGCUCUGAUAUUAACAAGCCAAAUGGCCAGUUUGUUUUACCAAAUGAUCGGAUGGCUGUGAUGACAUUUGUAUCAUCUCUUCCUAUACGGAAGAUAGGGGGCAUUGGUAAGGUUACUGAACAUGUUUUGAAGGAUGUUUUUGGAAUCUCGACUUGUGAGGAGAUGCUGCUAAAGAGUAGUGUCCUCUUUGCACUGUUUUCUCCUUCCUCUGCAGGUUUUUUCCUUUCUGUGGGUUUGGGACUUGGGGGGACAAACACCCCUCAAGCUAAGUUGCGGAAAAGUAUUAGCAAUGAGAGAACAUUUUCAGCUACUGCGGAUGAGGCAUUUUUCCAUCAGAAAUUGGUGGAUCUUGCAGAGAUGCUUUCUGCUGACAUGAAAAAAGAAGGUCUUUAUGGGCGAACAUUGACAUUAAAACUGAAAACUGCAUCUUUUGAGAUUCGAACUCGGGCUGUCACUUUGCAAAAAUAUAUUUGUUCAAGUGAAGAUAUCUUGAAGCAUGCUUCAAAGCUGCUGAAGGCUGAAGUUCCUGUAUCUUUGAGACUGAUAGGACUGCGAAUGUCUCAGUUUAAUGAAGACAAGAAUGGUGCUCAGUCUGAUCCUACGCAAAAAACUAUCUCCAACUAUCUUAUAUCAGGAGAUGCUUGUGGAAAAAACAUGGGUGACAACCUGCCCUUGGGUUCAGAUGCCAGUGACAGCCUUUUCUUGAUAGAUACAGAGACUGAUCUUCCUAAUGAGAACCAGAUGACAUCUUCUGAUUAUGCUGUUCCGGUUUACUGCAAUCAAACAUCAGGUCUUAAUGACGGUGACUGCAUGUUAAGCUAUGAUACUGCAGGAAUUGAGCCAUGUCACAGACCUCUGUGCAAUGAAUCUAAUGACGAGGUUGAGGACGCCAACAUGAUGGGGAAUAAACUGAAGCCUUGUGAUACUGGAGCUUCACAUUUGGUGGAGACGGAUUCUUUUUCUUUAUCUGAACAAUUUGAGGGAAGCAGCCUAGAUAGACUGAAGGAGAGUGCAAACAUGUCAUGCAAUGAAGCAGGGUCUUCAGCAAAUCGGAAAGAGCCCUUCUUUUGGGUGAAUGAUUACAAGUGUUCGCUUUGUGGGGUUGAACUGCCUCUCAGUUUUCUUGAGGAAAGACAAGAACAUUCUGAUUUUCAUCUUGCUGAAAGGCUGCAGCAGGAGGAAUCAGUUGAUCUCAUGCUGAAGCAGAGGUUUAUCCGGAAAGAUCACAUUGUGAGCCAUAGCCCCUGUAAAAAGAAGCACAAGUCAUCUCCUACGGGUGGUAAACAUCUGCCUAUUGAUAUGUUUUUUGUCAAGACAAGUCAGAAGAAUUAGUGUUGUACAUUUGCUCCCAUUGUAUAUAGUAGCGAGAAAUCAACUUAUUCAUGAAAUGAUUGUCGUACCAACAUUGUUGUAUCUCAAUUUAUACGGUGAUAAUAAAAUCAUCCUUGUUAAUAUGUAACUUUAAG